ACCUCCUGCUGAGGGAUGAUCUAUAUAGAUACUGAUCUAGUUAUCAGUAUUGGGAAGCAUUUGGUAGGUACCUCUCAUGACCUAUUUUACAGCCUCUAGGGAACAAACAGCAUACUUAGGUGUCUUACCUGCCCCAGGCCACCAUUUACCCUUUUCAAGUUCUCCACUCCAGGACCCGGAAACAAGAGUUAGCUUGAAGGCUAUAUUGAAGAAGAGUGAGAAGCGAGCCGUCUCCGGAGGUUUGUACUUAAAUUCACCACCUUUCUGCAUAAGAUUUGGUCAAAUGGAGUUAUUUUCACUAUGGACCAAAGCUGUUUUCAUCACCUUGACUUUUGCUCUUUAUUCCGAAACCGCUUUCCCAAAAUAUUCCACGUUCGGAAUGCAAAUAGACUGUCAACCCUAUGCAACUCUUCAUGACAUGUGUACCAAAGAGUAUUAUCCAAUCUGUGCAAGUAAUGGGAAAACUUAUUGCAAUAAAUGUAUCUUCUGCAAUGCACUGAGACUUGAUAAAAUGUCUUCCUCUUUAUUAUGGAUCAAAAUCGUUUUCAUUCUGGCCUUGGUGUUUCCUCUUUAUUAUGAAACUACUUGUGCAUUUUCAACAGAAGUCCGUCAUAAGCCUGACUGUGAAAUGUACAGAAAAGUCCCAAAUAAGUGUACCAGGGAGAAGAAUCCAGUUUGUGGAACUAAUGGACAUACUUAUAGCAAUGAAUGUGUUUUCUGCAAUGCCAUGAUAUCUGCUAAAGAUAAAUUUGAUUAUCUGCAUCAUGGUCCUUGUUGAAUUUUGUAUGGGUCACGCAUACAUCAUCCUUUUCCAUAGUGGAUCCUGCAAUCAAGUAAAAUUUUCUCAGUUGGUGCUUCAGAUUCCUAGCAACAAAUGAAGUCUUCGGUGGUUCAUAGAGUGGAAGAUAGGAUAUUAAAGAAUUUCUCCAACCUGUGAUGGAAGGAUUUUAUUUCAGUUAUUUGACGAUAGUGUUAAAAAUUGUUAUCUUAAUUUUGUGUUUGAUAAUAUUCAGUGUGAUUGUAAUCAUAAAUGUUUCGUUCAAUAAAAUGUUAAAUAAAUUUCA